UGUAAAUGUUUAAUAUUCUCGAAGAUUUUUCUAACUUUAGGUUGAGUGGAAUAGUACUUUCACUCGCCCAAGAACUCACGCGUACACACAGAGCUAAGCACAGUAUGAAGGCCGAUGUUGAUAGCAUAUCAGUGCGGUUAACUUCACGUUAUAAAACGAACAAUUGUGAUAUUUGAGUCAAACUUCACACAAUACUCAUGUGUGUUGUUCUGACAAUAACCGGCUGUGUGUUACGAAACGUACAAUGGUGGUCUUAACAAAAGAACCUUUCGGCACAUUCGAAGGGGAACCUGUGACGCGGUUCACAUGGAAGACUGCUAAUGGACUCUCAGUCUCCGUCAUCUCUUACGGCGCCAUAAUACAGUCUAUCAAGGUGCCAGAUAGAAAUGGAGCCGUCAAAGACGUAGUGCUCGGCUUUGACGACCUCCAAUCCUACACAACCAGGAACACUCCCCAUCUCGGCGCUGCUAUAGGCAGGUGCGCCAACAGGAUCGGCAAGGCUACCUUCGAUAUUGAUGGAGUCAGCUACAAGUUGGCUAAGAACAUUGGGGAAAAUCAUCUGCAUGGCGGGAUUCGAAGUUUUGAUAAGGUUAAUUGGAAGUCAAAUAAGAAUGGGCAGAAGGUUACCUUCAGCUACCUCUCCAAGGAUGGUGAGGAGGGAUACCCCGGUGAUCUGCUCACCAAUAUUACUUACGAGCUUCUUGAUGACGGUAACUUCCAUGUGGAGUACCUUGCCACGACAACGAAGAAGACAAUCGUCAACCUAACCAACCACUCGUACUUCAACCUAGCUGGACACGACGCGGGCGCUCAAGAACUCUACAACCAUGUGGUUACCAUCAACGCUGACAGGAUAACAGAGACGGAUGCCGACUCAAUCCCAACAGGCAAGCUAGUGGCAGUGGGGGGCACAGCUUACGACUUGAGAGUGCCGUCCCGCCUGGCUCAUGUCAUGGAGAAGAAACCCGGCUUGUUUGAUGAUAACUUCUGCGUUACUAGCUUCGGCAACAAGGACCUAAACUUUGUAUCACGCGUGGAGCACCCUUGCGGCAGAAGUCUAGAGAUCUACUGCAAUCAACCCGGGGUCCAGUUUUACACUGCCAACUUCCUACCAGCACCUUCAGAUUCCGCCCUGGUGGGCAAAUCGGGAGAAGGAUACAGGCGCCAUGGGGCAUUUUGUCUGGAAACCCAGAUUUACCCUGACGCUGUCCAUCAUGACAACUUCCCCAGUCCUGUGCUGGUCCCAGGGGAGCUGUAUAAGCAUGUGGUGGUGUAUAAGUUUGGGGUUGCCCAAGCUUCAAGCCCUACGGUUGUAUCUGCUUGAUGGAAAUGUCAAAAAACGGUAAACUGCG